GAGCCGUGGACGAGGAGCUGCCGCUCGCGGGGGCGCCGCUCGCGGGCGGUGGCGGCGCCGGGCAGGCUGUGGCGGAGCUGGAGCCGGGGCCGGUGGAGGGCACCGCGGCCGCGGCGGAUGCCAGCGCCGCCGUGGCGGAGGCCCCCGCCCCCGCGGAGGCCCCGGCCGCCGCCGCCGCCCCGGUCCAGGCCGCCGAGGAGCGGCCGCCGCCCGCCAGGCGGCGCCCGCGCAAGGGCGCCGGCGGGAAAGGCACGGCCACAGCGCGCGGGAGCCGGGCGGAGGUGUCCGCGGCUGGCCCAGAGGAGCCCCAUGGCGUGGGAUCUGCAGCGGCAGCAGGCUCGACGCAGCCCCCCCCCGCCGGCGGGGAUCGGCCGCCCGCGGCGACCGCCGCGACUCCCACCGCCGCCGAGCGCACAGGCGUCGCCCGC